GGGGGUGGGAGCGGCAGGAGGCGGCCGCGAAGGGGUUAACCUCCGCCCGGGCCAGAGCCUAGCGGCGCUAGCACGGCUCGGGGACCCAGGCGUCCUGCGGCUCGCCAGAGCGCCCCCUUCCCCGGGUAGCGCUCCAGCUGUGGCAGGUUCUCGGGAGCAACGAGUCCCCGCUUUGAACGCUGCUCUUAAACGUCCUGGGACCGGCCUUGGCCCCGGGGGCCCCACCAGGCCAGCGGCAUGUGGCACCCCCGGGCCUGGCCAGUCUCCUCCCGCCAGCUGCCCGGCCGCCCCAGGAGGCCCUGACGCCCUGGGGCACUUCUGCUGUGCACAGGACCACGUGGGGGUUUGCCAUGGUGACAUAAAGGGGCGCGGAGGAAGGAAGGAGCACAACCAGCCUGCGGACGGCGCCCCUGGCUGGGAGGAAGGGCCCGCGGCCCGGUCCUCCACUCCUGCUGCCCACUGAGGGCCUCGCCUGACAAGUGUCUGUGAAUUUGUUGGUCGGUGGACGACUCCGGCAUCUCCUCCCUCGGGGGGCCUCGGGGGGGCCAGGGCAGGCCGGGCGCCGGUGGCCGCGGUCUCGAGGACCAGGAUGCCCGCCCUGGCGCGCCUCCGCAGGCUGUGUCGGCACGUGUCCCCGCAGGCCAUCCUCUUCCUGUUGUUCGUCUUCUGCCUGUUCAGCGUGUUCGUCUCCGCCUACUACCUGUACGGCUGGAAGCGGGGCCUGGAGCCCUCGGCCGACGCCCCCGAGCCCGACUGCGGGGACCCGCCGCCCGUGGCCCCCAGCCGCCUGCUGCCGCUCAAGCCUGUGCAGGCGGCCACCCCUUCCCGCACGGACCCGCUGGUGCUGGUGUUCGUGGAGAGCCUCUACUCCCAGCUGGGCCAGGAGGUGGUGGCCAUCCUGGAGUCGAGCCGCUUCAAGUACCGCACGGAGAUCGCGCCGGGCAAGGGGGACAUGCCCACGCUCACCGACAAGGGCCGCGGCCGCUUCGCCCUCAUCAUCUAUGAGAACAUCCUCAAGUACGUCAACCUGGACGCCUGGAACCGGGAGCUGCUGGACAAGUACUGUGUGGCCUACGGCGUGGGCAUCAUCGGCUUCUUCAAGGCCAACGAGAACAGCCUGCUGAGUGCGCAGCUCAAAGGCUUCCCCCUGUUCCUGCACUCGAACCUGGGCCUGAAGGACUGCAGCAUCAACCCCCGGUCCCCGCUGCUCUAUGUGACGCGGCCCAGCGAGGUGGAGAAGGGCGUGCUGCCCGGCGAGGACUGGACCGUGUUCCAGUCCAACCACUCCACCUACGAGCCGGUGCUGCUGGCCAAGACGCGCUCGUCCGAGUCCAUCCCGCACCUGGGCGCGGACGCCGGCCUGCACGCCGCGCUGCAUGCCACCGUGGUCCAGGACCUGGGCCUGCACGACGGCAUCCAGCGCGUGCUCUUCGGCAACAACCUCAACUUCUGGCUGCACAAGCUGGUCUUCGUGGACGCCGUGGCCUUCCUCACCGGCAAGCGCCUCUCGCUGCCUUUGGACCGCUACAUCCUGGUGGACAUCGACGACAUCUUCGUGGGCAAGGAGGGCACGCGCAUGAAGGUGGAGGACGUGAAGGCACUGUUUGAUACGCAGAAUGAACUACGCAUGCACAUCCCAAACUUCACCUUCAACCUGGGCUACUCAGGGAAAUUCUUCCACACAGGUACUGAUGCUGAGGACGCUGGGGAUGACCUGCUGCUGUCCUACGUGAAGGAGUUCUGGUGGUUCCCCCACAUGUGGAGCCACAUGCAGCCCCACCUUUUCCACAACCAGUCUGUGCUGGCUGAGCAGAUGGCCCUGAACAAGAAGUUCGCUGUCGAGCACGGCAUUCCUACAGACAUGGGGUACGCUGUGGCGCCCCACCACUCGGGCGUGUACCCUGUGCAUGUGCAGCUGUACGAGGCCUGGAAGCAGGUGUGGAGCAUCCGAGUGACCAGCACGGAGGAAUACCCCCACCUGAAGCCGGCCCGCUACCGCCGUGGCUUCAUCCACAAUGGCAUCAUGGUCCUCCCGCGGCAGACCUGCGGCCUCUUCACGCACACCAUCUUCUACAACGAGUACCCCGGCGGCUCCAGCGAGCUGGACAAGAUCAUCAACGGCGGCGAGCUCUUCCUCACCGUGCUCCUCAAUCCCAUCAGCAUCUUCAUGACCCACCUGUCCAACUACGGCAAUGACCGGCUGGGCCUGUAUACCUUCAAGCACCUGGUGCGCUUCCUGCACUCCUGGACCAACCUCCGGCUGCAGACGCUGCCCCCUGUGCAGCUGGCCCAGAAGUACUUCCAGAUCUUCUCCGAGGAGAAGGACCCGCUCUGGCAGGACCCCUGCGAGGACAAACGCCACAAAGACAUCUGGUCCAAGGAGAAGACGUGCGACCGCUUCCCCAAACUCCUCAUCAUUGGCCCCCAGAAAACAGGCACCACAGCCCUCUACCUGUUCCUGAGCAUGCACCCGGACCUCAGCAGCAACUACCCCAGCUCAGAGACCUUUGAGGAGAUCCAGUUUUUUAACGGCCACAACUAUCACAAAGGCAUCGACUGGUACAUGGAGUUCUUCCCCAUCCCCUCCAACACCACCUCCGACUUCUACUUUGAGAAAAGCGCCAACUACUUUGAUUCAGAAGUGGCGCCCCGGCGGGCAGCCGCCCUGUUGCCCAAAGCCAAGGUUCUGACCAUCCUCAUCAACCCGGCGGACCGGGCCUAUUCCUGGUACCAGCACCAGCGAGCCCACGACGACCCUGUGGCCCUGAAGUACACCUUCCACGAGGUGAUCACAGCGGGGCCCGACGCGUCCUCCAAGCUGCGCGCCCUCCAGAACCGCUGUCUGGUCCCCGGCUGGUACGCCACCCACAUUGAGCGCUGGCUCAGCGCCUUUCACGCCAGCCAGAUUCUGGUCCUGGAUGGCAAACUGCUGCGCACAGAACCUGCCAAGGUGAUGGACACGGUGCAGAAGUUCCUUGGGGUGACCAAUACCAUCGACUACCACAAAACCUUGGCGUUCGACCCAAAGAAAGGAUUUUGGUGCCAACUGCUCGAAGGAGGAAAAACCAAGUGUCUGGGCAAAAGCAAGGGCCGGAAGUACCCGGAGAUGGACUUGGAUUCCCGCGCCUUCCUGAAGGACUAUUACCGGGACCACAACAUCGAGCUCUCCAAGCUGCUGUACAAGAUGGGCCAGACGCUGCCCACCUGGCUGCGGGAGGACCUCCAGAACACCAGGUAGCCACAGCCACCGCAGCCAGACCGAACGUUCGUGACGGCAGGGGCGUCCCGCCGCGCUGAGCCAGGCCGACCUGCAGAACGGGAAGCUGGCCCGGGCUGGCCGAGCACAUGCACGAGCAAUACUCUGCUGGGGCCCCGCCAGGGCCUGCAGAAGAGCCCAGGCCGGUCCACAGGCGCCUCAGAGCACCCAGCGCUGGGUCUGCGGCCUCCAGCAUCUCCCGAGCCGCUGGAGGUCCGUCCUGGAGGUCCGUCCUGUCCACAGCCUUCCGCGGGGAGGCCGCUCCCUGGUAGGAAGGGGUCCUCGGGACUCUCUUUUCUGUCCCUCACUGUGUUCUACCGACCACGGCCUCCCCUUCGUCCUGCCACUUCCCGCCCCAGCAGGGUGUCCCCUUGGUGUUAGCUGCCACAUUGUCCCUGUCCUGCGGACAGUUAAGGAGAAGAGCCCAGGUGGGCCUUUUGCCAAACCAGGGAGAGAGACUGGACCUUCUGAGGGGCCAGCUGGGUACCCGAGUCGGUCGCUAGCUAGACUGGACGUGAGUGGGGUCCCCCGAGAGGACGCUGAACUUCCACACACAUCCCGGUUCCUGCCGUCGCCUCUCACCUUCCCCCUCCGGGGAGGGGGCCUCCGAUUCCUGCAGUAUCCACCCGAUCCUCGAGGCCCCCCCAGGGCCGGGGCACGGCCACGCCACUGGGACCCAGAGGCCCGGGCCUCCACCCCCUCACCCCGGGGUAUGACACGUGUGGUGUUUCCUGUGGUAGAAGACGGAGGCAGUUCGGGGGUCUGCUGGGUCCGUGUUCCAGCGCACACGCUGCCCCGCACCCCCCAGGCACGGCCCCUGGCCGGCCGCGCAGAGCUGGGGAGGGGCUCUGCCCUGGCAGCCUGUGGCUGAGGGCUCCUGGGGGCCCCCUUGACCUCCCCAAUACUAAGAAGCUAAAGUAUUUUAAUAUUUUGUUUUAUUUCUUGGUGCCAGAGUUUAUACUUUGGGUGCUGGGGUCGCACUGUGUUAUAUAUAUAUAUAUAUAUAAUUUGUAUAUAUAUAUUAUAUUUUUUUGGUUGGGUUUGUUUUUAAUUCAGUCACACAAAAUGGUGGCAGGCCCCAGCCCCGUGCACGAAAAUGAGACAGAAGGGAGGGGGCGGCCAUGUCUUCCUGUGUCCGCCGGGCCUCGGGGAGACGGCGUGGAGGCGCCCAGGAGAGCUGCCCGUGUCCUCCCCCCAGUGCCACGGCUGCCUGGGGCCGCGCAGGGGCGCGGCAGCAGCGAGACACACAGGGAGGGCCUGCUCUGUCUAGGAGAUCUGGCUUCACGGAGUGCGGAGGCCUGGGGGAGCUCUAGCCAAAGGAAACGGCCAGGCUGGCGUGGGCGACCGGGCCGGAGGCUGGCCCGUUCCCCUCCCCUCACAUGGUGCUAGGUGGGGAGCUGCCCUGGGAGCCGGGGGGCCCGCAGGGACCACAGGGCUGUCUCCGGGCCCCCUGCAGACAGCGGGUCUCCGGGCUGUUUUCUGGUUGGGGUCUGCUCCUACCCUCCUCUCAACAAUGUGAAGUGACUAAACUGGGGUGCUCUCCCCACCCCUCCCACUGCCGGUCCAGCUUCGAACUGACACCCAGGAAGUCCUUUCUGGAAAGCCUUGCCUUGUUCGGAAGACUGUAGCGUCUUGGGGCGGGAAGGGCCCUUCGGCUGCGGGAAACAGCGGGAGGCGGCCUCCUGGCCAGCGUCGUCCGUCACCGAGCUGGUUGGGAGCGAGGCCGAGAACGGAGCUGCCAGUUCCCAGUUCUGAGUCCAGGGCUCCUCCUCCAGCGCCACACUGCCUCUGAGCCUCUCCUCGGGACCCUGCUCUGUGCCAGGCUCCUGCCCCUCCCUCAGUCACACCCUUGGUCGCUCCAGGACAUAGGGACAAACCACUUCCUCCCAGCCAGGGUGCCUUUGAGUUUUCUCAGACCCGCAUCUGCAUCCCUGCCUUGCUCCCUCCGCCUCGGAAGGCUCUUCCCAGCCCGCAGGGCCCGGGGCGCUCUCCGCUCUGCACCAACGCCCUUUCCCGAGGUCCCCACUGGGCCGGACAGGGGUGGCUACUCAGCGGGGCCAGCUGUGGACGGUUGCAUGGUCUCACUGUGCUUCCCAUCGGGGCCUCUGAGCCCAGGAGCCCUGAGCCUUGUCCACCCCUCGGGGCAGGAAGAGCACACAUCCCAGGACAGGGCGGCCAGCUUGCACGCUCGUGAAGACUGGCUGUGCGGAGGACCCAGACCCCCGCGCUGACUUCCCCGGUGCCAGUCCCGGGCCUCGCUUCCCAACGGUCAGUGAGUGGCCCGGGCUGUGUGACCUGUGAGCACCUCCCAGGGCCCACACUCAGCAGUCUACCCUCUGGGCCCGGACGCCCGCCCCUGCCCCACCCCUCGGAGCUCUGAAGGCCUGAAGGGCCAGCGGCUCCACCUCUCAGGGCCUCUGGCCCAAGGAAGGAGCAGGCAGGUGUGAGACCCCAGGGGAGCAGAGGAGAUGGGGGGGGGGCGGGGAGUUGCCCAGGCCAUUCCGGGAAGCAGGGGACUUGCCCUGCCACAUGCUCUAAGUCUGGUCACUGCUCUUCCUUCCCUUCCCACGAACCAGUAUUCCUCCAGGACCCACUGCCAGGACCUGCAGGCAUUGUGGAGGGGACAGAUGCGUCCCCCAGGGGCUCUCAGCUACUGAGCCCACAGGUGCCCUCACGAGGGGAGAGAACCAGCAGUUGGCGGGUCCAGCAGCAUCAGCUUGUUGAGUGUUCUCUAGUCCGCUGGGGGUGUGUGGCCAAGGAGGGAGACAGAGAGAGAGAGAGAGAGCGCGCGAGUGAGCACGCUAGGUCCUGUAGAUGACUUCAUCGUCCUUUCUGUUCACCGCACCACAUGCCCUGCCCCACAGGGGGCGUGCAGGGCAGUCCGGCCAACAUCGCCUGGGUUGUUCGGGGCUCCAGAGCCAGCCGAAGGGCAGGCGUCUGGCGAUGGGCCUUUUCUGGGCCCCAGAGCAGGAGCGGCCAGUGCCUCAGGGGCCCAGGCGAGGGGGCAGGGUCUGUCCCCAGGAGCAGAGAACUUCUGGGCUGCCCCGGAGACAGUGGUGGUCCCAGCGUGGGCUGACCCCGUAGGCCUGUGAACCCACCAUCUAAAUUUAAAAUGAACACUUCGGUACAUUUGUUUUCUCUUGCUGCACAGAGUUUUUUCUGAACUGGCCUAAGAGUAAAGGUCUUGAGACCUCACCCCAGAAUGCCGCAGCCUGCGUCUGCUCAGAGUCAGGACAGUCUCCCGGGUCGGAGCGCGGUGCCACACCUGGGACAGCGACUAGCUCACAGCUGCUCCCUGACCCGCGCUCCUCUUCCCCCAGACAGCUUGCACCUGGUUUUGGAGUUGGGGUCCAGUCGGGGGGCACGCAUUGCGUUUUGUGAUGGUGUUUUUAAGGCUCACUGAAUGUUGGAAAGUCCCCCUGCUCACUUCGGGUUUUUUAAGUGACGUCAUGUCUGAGGCCAGUGGGGCCGGCUGUCCCGGAGAAGCCCAGCAUUCUGUCUUUGUCCUCCUGCUCCCUUCCGGUGUCAGAGGUCAAGUUCCCCUGGCCCCUGGGUUGUCGAGAGUAAUUUAGGCCACGUGGAGUUUUGCCUUUGUGCCGUCUGGACAGCUUCCCUCCAGCCUAAAGUGCCCCUCUACUGUCACCCGUACCACGUGCCAGACGAGCACAGAGGGGCCAGCUGGAGCUCCAGGAGCUCAGGGGAGGGCGAGGCAAGCAGCGUCUCAGCAGGGCUCUGGAGGAAGCCCUGGGGGCCCUCCAGGAGGAGGGGGCCCUGUGCAUGGAGGCCGGACCAAGCAGCGUAGGGCCUCUUGGAGAGGAGACGCCUCUGGCUCAGAGGGGCCUGUGCUGCCUCCUUGGACGCUGGUGAUGGACCACGGGGCCCCAGACAGCAUCCCUCUCUCUCUAGCUCUCUGUGUCCAGUCUCUCCAUCUCGAUCUCUCCCUGCUGUGGUCCUGGGGUCUUCACUUCCGGGAGGCCCGUGGUCCGUGCGCACUGGAGCAGAACCAGGCCCCAGGAUGUGCCAGGGAUGGGUCCAGCUAAGGAACUGCCUCCCGCAGAUUGUGGCGAAAGGAGGACAGCACUGGGCUGGAGGCAGGAGAUGGGGAGUUUCAUCCCACCCAAGGACGCUCGGUCUCAGCAUGACAGGUUUCCUCCCAGGGCCUCAGUUUCCCCAUUUAUGGGACGAGCAGGUGGAGCUGCAGUGGGGGUUUUCACACGGCAAACAGGAAGUAGUUCCGCUCUCGUUGAAGUGAGGACAGGGGGCCCGGACAUGUCCCUGCCCCUGUCCACGCUCCGCACUCAAGGGGACACUGAGCUCUGGGUCGCCAUCCCGGGGCGGGCUGCCCCCAGGGUGUGCCCGCCCCCAGGGUUUGCCCUCGCCAGCUCUGGUGGCCAGAGAUAUUUUCAGCUCCUUCGGGGGGUGGGCAUCUGUCUCUUGUGGGGUCCACGUCAAGGGCUUGAGGGGCUCUGGCAGUGUUUUAUCCCAAUAUGUUCGCCCCUCCUCUCUCCUUCCCCUCUGUGGCCCUGAGGGAGAUGAGGGAGGAGAGGUUUUCUCUGACUGUGCUAGCUUUUAUUAUCAGCAAGAGGGCUCCUUUUGUAACUUGUGCAUGAAAUUCAUGUCAUUUCCCGGGGAGAGGAGAGGGCUGCCUGGAGAGGGUGGGGGCACACUGGGGGAGCAGGCUGGGGUUUCCUUCCCUUGCGGGGGUGGGGAGAGGUGUGGCGAGGGGGCGCUACCCAGCUCACCCGAUCAGGGCUCUUGAACCAGCCGUUUUGGGUUGCGUUAAAAGUGGGAACCUUCCUCCAUUAAUGUACAAUCUUGAACUAACUGCUAAUAAAGUGGGUUCCGUUUGUAUGCA